CUCUUUCCUCUUUAUCGUCACCUUUUUGUUUUCAGGAUGGUUCACGAACCACAGAGGUUAUCUUUAAAGCCUUUCUUCCAAAAGGUUGUGAUUGCUGAAUUCAUUGUUGGCUUCCUUCUCCUGGUUGACAGCUGCAAAGGUGAGUCUCUGGAGACGAAGCGUCCUCGGCUCGUUGCAGCGAUGGCCGGUGAUGACGUGGUUUUACCGUGUCACCUGGGAGUUACUGUGAACCCCGACGAGUUGGUGGUGGAAUGGGGGAGACUGGACCUCAAUCCCAGAUUUGUGUUUAUGUGGUUUGAAGGGAGUGAAAAUGUAAAUGAGAAAAACAUCGCAUACAAGGGAAGAACGUCUGUGUUCACAGACAGACUGAGAGACGGAGACGUUUCAUUGAGGCUGACGGCUGUAAAACACUCUGACAACGGCAGAUUCAGAUGCUACAAUCCUAGAGAUUCAAGAAUAUUCUGUUCUGCUUCCUCACCUGGUGUCAGUUUAUCUGGACUGGAUGUCAGCAGCAGUGGAGUGAAGCUGGACUGCAGGGCUGCAGGCUGGUAUCCAGAACCUGAGCUGUUCUGGCUGGACGGAGACGGAAACAUCAUGUCUGCUGGACCUGCAGAGAAAAGCCCAGAUCCUGAUGGUGUUUACACUGUUAGCAGCAGAGUGACUGUAGAGAAGAGAAACUACAACAACUUUACCUGCAGAGUCCAACAGAGAGACAUCAACCAGAGCAGAGAGACACACAUUCAUGUUCCAGACGAUUUCUUCAUGAAUGAGUCCAGCUGCUCCGUUUCUAUCAGCUUCAAUGUGAUUUUAGUCAUCAUGUUUGUUCUUGGAGUCGCUUUUCUUAUUUGGAUGAAGCAACAAAACAAAAAGAAUUACAGAGCAGCAUAA